AUGACCUCUGCGCGCAGCCCGCUGACCACGCUUGUGCUCAACACCAGCGACGGCGUUCCCGCCGCUCGCGUGUCCCUCAGCCUGCAUCGACUCGACUCGGAGCUCAAGCUGUGGAACAUGCUCAACGUCGGGACGACGGAUGAAGACGGCCGCUGCCCGGGACUCAUCAGCCGGGAAGCGUUCGUCCCGGGAAUGUACAAGUUGCGCUUUGAGACCGGCUCGUACUGGGCCAGCCUGGAACGCCGCUCCUUCUAUCCCUACGCCGAGGUGGUGUUCACCAUCACGGAUUCGACGCAAACGAUUCACCUGCCGCUGCUCAUGAGCCGCUUCUCCUACAGCACGUACGUGGGAAGCUGAGGCAAAAACCUUUUAUCUGCUCACCGACAAGGAACGCUCAUGACGUACGCGUACUUGUGAAACUCGAUUUGAAGCCAUCGCAGUAGUGAACACCCUCCGACACAUUGUGUGUCACUGACUGAACUGUAAACUUUGAUGUCGUGUGCGGCGGACGGUCCGUUGCCUCGCAUUCGACGGAAGGCCGGGAUUGACCUCGACAGCGGCAGGUGGCCAUCUCAUCCGCUCGUACUCGGUUGUCCUCG